AAAGAAACUUCAAAAAUUUCAAUGGCCGACGUAUCGUCGCCCCAACAAAACAUUUGAACACGUUGAACUUACAUAAUUGCUUUAUUAGAAGCCAUUGAGCUGCAUGCCACCGGUUUAUAUAACGUAGACCCCAAAAACAACUCUCCAAAAUGUCAACAGUCGUGUCUGACUGCUUUACCAUCGGCAGUAUAGUAGCAACGCGAACAUGUUACAACCAAGAAAUAGAAGGCGAGGUUUUAGCUUUCGAUCCUCAAACGAAGAUGUUGAUAUUGAAAUGUCCGUCAUCCAGCGGUAAUCCUAAACGCCACGAUGUGAAUAUUGUUAAUUUAUCGUUAGUCAGUGACGUGCAAAUCAAGAAAGAAGUGACCGCCGUACCGGAAGCUCCCCAGAGCCUUAAUUUACACAGACUUAACACUAGAGUACGAAAUUCUAUUGAGAAUAAGAGAAGACUAGUAUCAGCACUAUCAGCAUGCCUAGACCCUGAGGGUCAGCGGCUGUUCCUGGCCAUCGCGCGGGUGAUCGACGACGUGUCGUGGGCCGGCCAGAACAUCCGGGUCUACAACGAAGUGACCAUCUCACCUCCUUACAAGGUGGAGAACGUGGCGGGCGAGCCGGAGUCGAAGCCCUACAACUACAUCCGCAAGUUCGUGGAGCGCCACUGGAGCGACCGCGCGCUGCCCGCCGCGCCCGCCCCCGCCCCCGCGCCCGCGCCGCAGUAG